UUGCUGUCUGUGUCUCUGUAUUGUUAGCCAUCACUGGCAGUUGUUAAUGUUGUCUAACAGUUAUAUUUGCAUUUCAGAGGUAGGGCACAGCAGCAUGACCAUUCCAACAAGGAUGUUAUACUACUUCCAAAUCCAUCAUGUGCAAACAAGGCUUAAAAUUAUGGUUACACAAACAUGGGCACAUCCUAAGUGCUUUUGAAUUCCAGAAGGCCUGGGACUACCAAACUAUAGUGCAGCACAUUAAGGAUGGCUUUGGUGAACGCAUUCCAGAGGAUGUUAGCCUUGACUUUCUAAUGGCUUGUGGCAGUAAGCUGGUGUCUCCAAAGCUCCAAGACGGUCAGGAGCUGAAUGGGAUGCUGAUCCCAAAGGUUUUUAAAAACAAAGCCCUCUAUGUAAGGCAAUCAAGGACACUUUUAAGUGACUCAGAGGAAGACAAUGAACUUUCUCACAUCGGCUCCAGAUCAGCAUUAAGCAGGUGUACAACUACCAGAGGCAGUGAUGAUGACUGUUUUGACGUUGGUGGUCCACAAAUCCAAGCAGGCAUGAGCACCCAAGCCACUAGCAGGGUUACUACAAGGUUUAGCAGUCAUGCUAAAGGUGACAACCCUGGCACUAGCAGUGAUGAUGAAGAUGGCACUGGCACCAACCGUAUUGCCAGGAGUUCUGGUAAAAGGCUAAGAGCAAAGACAGUAAGUGAUGGCAGUAGCAUUUGUGAUAAAGACUACAUGGCAAGAAGUGAAGGCAACCCUGGUACAAGAGGUCAUAGCGAAGGCUUCAUGGCAAGAAGUGGUGACGUCCCUGUCAUGAGUGCUAAUGAUGAAGAUUACUCUUCAUAUUUAACUCUUGUGGCAUCGCUUUCUGGCGAGUCAUCCGGUGAUGAGGACUUAAAUCAAGCUAUAAUUGCCAGCUUGGAGAGCCACAUAGGAAGAAGGACCUUCCAAAUUACAGGAGAUACUGGCCUUUGCAACAGGAGCAACUGCGGUGCCACCUAUUGGCUUUUCGACAGCACCAUCCAUUGAGUUUAUUCAUAAAGGAGAUGACGACUUGUCCUCUGCACCAAUUUUCCCUCUUGCCAACACAUGUGUUAACUGCAUUAGGUUGCCACUGCAUGUUUCAUAUCAGUUGUUUAAGGAGAAGUUUGAUUUUGCAUUAGGUAACACUUAUGGCUUUGGCAGGGUAUGAACACAUAAUGCUGUACGAGGUUCUGUUUCUCAGCUUUUGUACUUGUCUCAGCCUCUCUUAAAAAAACAACCCAAAAAGUCCAAAAUUUGUUAGUUGUAUUUUAAAUAAUAUGUUAUUGUAUAUUGUUGCUAGAAAUAAUUUGAGUAUUAAGUUCUUAUGCUCUUAAUAUUUCCCAAUUCACCUGUAUCAGUGAAGGUAAGUUCUAAAGAGGUUUACAAUGAUUGUUCUUCAGUAUUGAUAAGAAAAUUUUUCUUAAAUUUUAGAAAAAUGCUUUUACAAAGUAAUGUAAAAAACAAAGCACACUUUGUUAUUCACUGUAGAAAAUGUAGAAGUGAAGAAAACACAUCUAUUCCAUGGUUUCCAUCAUUUUCAAGUGGAUUAACUUGCUCAAUAAUGUUCAUUUGGGUCUCAUUAAUGUUGAUGUCAAUAUUUGGAAUUCUAACAUUAUUAUUUGUUUGAAGUUCUGGUAAUGGCCCUUCUUCAUCAAUGCCAUAAUCAUUAUCAACGUGAAAAGUGUCAUUUAUAAAUGGCUGGAUUCCGACACUGUUUGUGACACCUGUAUGCCACAGUUGAAGAGGUGUUUGUCCUCCUUGUGUAGAGAGCCCAUGGUUGUUCCACUGGCUGACAAAUUCUGUUAAAACCCGUUCAAUCCUUGGCAAAUAAACAUAAUGCAGACAAAAAAGAUG